AUGAGCAGCGGCGGCGGAGGCGGACUAAGCAAAUUAGGCAUUUCUCUAGUGAUAAUAUUUGCAAUUGCGCUUCUCGCAAUCUUCGCGCAGGUUUUCUACAUCAUUUGGCGCCGCCUUGCCUUCCGCCGUCGAACCAGUGCCGCUAGCGGCGGCGGAGACGGAAUUUCGCGCUACUCUUCAUCCGAAUCGACACCGUCAAAGGAGCUCCUCUAUUUCUUCUGCGUAAGACCUCAGCUGGACCUCGAUCGCACCUCGCCGGUUGCGAUUUCCGGAGGCGUCGACGGAAGGAAUUCGAAUCGUGAAUCGGAUGCGGAGGUAAUCGACAUCGAUUUGUUCAAAAUUCAAGGAGUGUUUGGACCGCCGAGAUUUCUGUUCACCAUCAAAGAGGAGGAGAGAGAGGGCACGGAGUCGCCGGCGCCAUGUCCUGCUGAAGAUGAGAAGAGAGGCGGCGUGAGUUUGGAGGAGUGUUUUCGGUCGGAGGAAGAGACGGCGGUGGAGGUGAAGAUUGACGAUUGCAGUAGAGAUGAUGAUGCGACGCCGUUUUCGACGCCUUGCGCUUCGCCGCUGUAUUUCACUCCGACGGCUUCUCCAGUGCAUGCGGUUGUCAAUGGCCGGUCAACGUGGGUUGCAACCACGAUUGCCGUUUAA